ACCCAGCAAUUAGGAACCCCUUUCUCCCUCCUUCCCUCCUCAUCGCAACCCCAAACGCCCAAACCCCCCCACUCGCUUUCUUUUCCACCGCCGCUCGCCGGAAUCCGGUUCCCCCACGAAUCCUAAUCCGCCUACGCGCGUGCUGCUGCUGCUGCUGAUUGAGCGGAUGGCGUCGGCGGAGGAGGAGAAGAAGAAGAAGCAGGAGGCGGAGGCGGAGGCGGGGAUGGCGAUUGGGGGCAAAGCUAGGGACGCGAGGAAGGACGGGGUGGCGAGGGAGGUGGUGCGGAUGGAGAAGGAGGCGGUGAUCCCCGUCAUCAAGCCCAAGCUCGUCAUGAAGCUCGCCGACCUCAUCGAGCAUGAUGUGGAUCGUAAUGAGUUCUUGAAGUUAUGCAAGAAGGUGGAGUACACCGUCAGGGCUUGGUAUCUCCUCCAGUUUGAGGAUCUAAUGCAACUGUACUCGCUGUUUGAUCCUGUUUCUGGUGGAAAGAGGUUAGAGCAGCAGAAUCUCCCGCCUGAUGAGAUUGACACUCUUGAGUUCAAUUUCAUGACAUAUCUUUUUCAGAUAAUGGAAAAGAGCAACUUCAAGUUGUUAUCUGAUGAAGAGUAUGAUAUUGCACAGUCUGGACGAUAUCUUCUGAACCUCCCCAUCAAAGUUGAUGAAUCUAAGUUAGACAAGAAGUUGUUGACAACAUACUUUAAAGAGCACCCACAUGAUAAUCUGCCUACAUUUGCUGAUAAGUAUAUUGUAUUCCGUCGAGGCGUUGGGAUCGACCGUACAACUGAUUACUUUUUCAUGGAAAAAGUGGAUGUACUCAUAUCCCGAAUUUGGAGGUCAUUGCUCAGGGUUACCAGGAUUGAUAGAUUGUUCUCUAAGAAACCGCAGUUGAAGUCAAGAAAUGACACAAAGAAGACUGAUGAAAUUAUUGAAGACACAGAAGAAGAAGAUCUAUUUGUCGAGCGCAUUCGGCUAGAAAAAAUUGAGCUAAGCAUAAAAAACUUGAUGAGUAAGAUGACUAUCCAAGAACCUACAUUUGAUAGGAUGAUUGUGGUGUACAGGAGGGCUGGCACUAAGACUAAGCCUGAUCGUGGAAUAUUUGUAAAGCAUUUCAAAAAUAUUCCAAUGGCUGACAUGGAAAUUGUUCUUCCAGAGAAGAAAAACCCGACUUUAACGCCAAUGGAUUGGGUCAAGUUUCUUAUUUCUGCUGUUAUUGGUUUGGUCACUCUUGUUGGUUCCCUGGAAAUGCCGAAGGCUGAUGUAUGGGUUGUCAUAGCAAUCAUGUCUGGUGUGAUUGGAUAUUGUGCUAAGAUCUACUUCACGUUUCAGCAAAAUAUGACAUUAUAUCAAAAUUUGAUUACAAAAUCAAUGUAUGACAAACAGCUUGAUAGCGGGAAGGGAACACUUCUUCACCUAUGUGAUGAUGUGAUACAGCAAGAAGUUAAAGAAGUCAUAAUUUCUUACUACAUUUUGAUGGAGCAAGGGAAGGCAACUAUGCAAGAUCUUGAUUUGCACUGUGAAGAGCUAAUUAAGGAGGAGUUUGGGGCUGAGUGCAAUUUUGAUGUUCAUGAUGCUGUAAAGAAGUUAGAGAAGCUUGGUAUUGUUCAUCGGGACUCAAUUGGAAGGAUCUUAUGUGCUCCAUUGAAGCGUGCCAAUGAGAUCAUAGGCACCACAACUGAAGAAAUGGUGUUGCGAGCGCAGCAGAACUCCGCUUCUUAAGCUUCACAUCAGUGUGAAUUGUAUUCUCCUGUAUAUAGAGCCCUUCAGAACCCAGAAGGCACAUGUUCAUCCUGAAGCAAUGUGUUUCUUGUAAUCUAUCUUUGCUACGUUACCAAAUAGCUAGGUUCUGCUUUUUCCCCCGCUGGUGAGCUUUAGUGAGUGUAAUUAAAGUGCCAUGUUUCAGUUCAAAUUCUGCACAGGUAACUUGUACAUAACAAUCAUAGAUGCAAAGGAACAACAGCUGAAACAUUAUCUGCCUUGCA